UGUCAACAUGCAGCAAACUACGAGUCUCAUAAGAAUGGAUAGCGACAGUAUUGGUAAAGAUACGCAUGUACCAUUAUCGCAGUCGAAAUAUGUUUUGGCUAAGUAUGGAAUACAAGUUAUUGAUCCGCAGCAUGAUCCACUCGAAGAGACGUUUUUUUCAACCGGAGCUGUUUCGGAUGAUAUGCAUUAUCAUCCAGGACCUAGAGCGAUUGAAUGUAAAGCUGACGCCGGAAAAUUCGGGUGCGACCGCGACAGUUGCAUGCGCGUCCUCUGGUGUUACCUUUUUCCCUGUGCUUUGAUCGAAAGCUGCUUCGUGGCGAUUUGCGACUGCUGGUGGGAAUGUCUUAGCGGAUGUCUUCGUCGCAUGGAAGAGCACUAUACGUUCCAAUGUUGCGAAAGAUGUUGUAAACUGGAAGAGAAUUAAAGAGUUAAAAUAACAUGGUUAGUUGAUGAGAUCCGUGAUGUUUUAUCAACAGCUAGGCAAAGUAUGCAGGAAUGGGUAUGA